AUGAAAAAUCCCAAAACUGAAAAUUUCGGGGAAGAAAAAGGAUGAACCCUAAAUCUGAUAAUACAGAAUAAAAAAUUAUCUCGAAUUCUCAGGGAAAUAGGUCUACUUUUUCUUGAUUCCCACGUCAAAAUUUCUCACAGAAAAAACAUUUCAAUUCUAGUAUACGCGAAUAUAUUCGAUGCUAUUCCGAAGGCUAUGCGUCACUUUAUCGAAAUCUCGCGACUACCCUUUUUUUCUUUCUCCAAAAUUGAUAAACCCUUUGGCUAGUUUAAACUCAAACCCAGAAUUUAUAUCGAAUUGUGAAUCCGUGAAACUAAGUUUUCGGAGGCGGUUGUCAGUGAAUUCGCACAAUUUGGAGUCCGAAAACGCUGCUAGUCCCACUAUGGAUGAUCCUAGGAGGCCCCCAGUCGUCCCCAUUCCACCCCCGGAAACUGCCGAACCGGCCGAGGUAUUCAGGGCCCUGGAGGCCUCUUUGGGCUCGCAAUUUAGCUCUCAGCCCAUAGUCCCGAACCCUGGACCUUUGAUUAUUGUGAUAAGUGGACCCAGUGGUGUUGGCAAAGAUGCUGUGAUCAAAAGAUUGAGAGAAGUUAGAGAAAAUUUGCAUUUUGUGGUUACAGCAACUAGCCGGGCUAAAAGGCCUGGAGAAGUUGACGGAAAAGACUACUUUUUUGUGAGUAAAGAGAAAUUUUUGUCCAUGAUCCAGAAAAACGAGCUCUUGGAGUAUGCAUUGGUGUAUGGUGAUUAUAAGGGGAUACCAAAGCAGCAGAUUAGGCAGUACGUGGAGAAAGGGUGUGACAUUGUGUUGAGAGUGGAUAUACAGGGUGCCAUAACGUUGAGAAGGAUCUUGAGAAAGAGUGCGAUUUUCGUGUUUUUAGUGGCAGAGAGUGAGGAGGCAUUGGUAAAGAGAUUGAUUGAUAGGAAGACAGAAACGAAGGAGACUCUGCUCAUGAGGGUGGCAACAGCUAGGGAAGAGGUGAGGCAUUUGAAAGAGUUCGAUUAUGUGGUUGUAAACAAGGAAGGUGAGUUGGAGAGCUCAGUAAAGCUGGUGGAGUCUAUUAUUGAUGCUGAGAAGGCUAAAGUGCAGCAAACUAGAGUGGUCAUUUAGAUAAGAUCCCCUUAAAAAAAUUUGGGUUAGUAAAGUGCACGUUGAAACUUAAUGGAGUACCUGUGAAACUCACUUUGUUAUGGCAUAUUGUCAUCGGUUAUGUUCUUAAAUCUUAGCAAUGUUUGACCAUUUUUCCAAUGAUUGAUUCCUCUGUGUGUCAAUGAGUUUAUUCGUGAGGUCACUGCGUCAAUGUUUCUUGGAUCUUUGAAUUUGGGUGAGUAUGUCUGUAUCUUAUAAUUACUGAAUUUUUAAAUUAAAAGAGCACUAUUUUGCUAUAA